AUGGAUCAAUCAGACAAAACCAACCCCAGAACUACUGUUGAAUUACCUUCAUUCACUCUAGUAGGUCUAGAAAGAGCAAUCAUUCAUAAAGAUGAAAUUGAUCCCCAAACUGCAUAGAUUGGAAAGACAUAUGAAGAAUACUAUGGAAAAUAGCUCCACGACAAGAUACCCAAUCGUUUACACCCUAUGAGGACCUACUGCUUGUAUUAUGGAUACUCCAACGUUUAGAAUUGGUAAGAAAUGAAGUACACAAUGGUUUUGGGGGAAAUCGUGAGUGAUGCCUCAAAUGUACCUGAAGGAAUGGUGAGUGUGCAAGUGCCAGCUCAUCGUUUUUGUAGAUUCGACUGCGGUCCAGGUCCUAUUCCAGGAGUAGUAAUUGAAGCAUGGUCGUCGUUGUACAAAUUGACCCCAGAAGACUUCGGAGGAGUGCGUUCUCAUGAUUACGAAUUAGAAGUGUACCCAGAGGAUUAGCUUGACAAAAGCAACCUGAAGUUUUAAUUAUACAUUGGGAUAUAAUGA